UAAAUCACACUGCUGUGCAGUGCUUCCCUUUUCUGUGGUAGUAAGCAAGAGAAGAAAGAAGAAAAACGAUUUAGAUGUCGAUGAUUUCGAUGAUGAUCUUGAGGAUAUAUUAUCGCCUUUUCCCGGUUGUCGCUCUGCUCUCGUCUUGUUCAGGAAAAUCUGUGGUGCAUGGUCCACCAGAGACGGUCUGGGCCUUUGCUGGCGGGGAUGCUAUUCUUCCUUGCAGUUUCAACAUCAAUGACCACGAUGAUUUUCCAACGGUGGAAUGGUCCAAGGAAGGCCUGCAGCCUAACAUCGUCUUCCUGUACCGGGAUGGCUGUGAGACUUAUGAGAUGAAGAAUCCGGCCUUCGAGUACCGGACAAGCUUCAUCACGAAAGAACUGCAGAACAGGAUCAUCUCAUUAAGGAUAUCCAACGUGCAACUGUCUGAUGCAGGGAAGUACCAAUGCAAGAAGCUGUGGAAGAAUGCUCCGCGGGACAUUACAACAGUGCAGCUUCUUGUGGUUGCAGUUUCUCAGCCAAAACUCUCAGUUGUUUUAGCUAAGAGUGGAGGAGUGAAUCUUCAGUGUGAGGCCAGCUGCUGGCUACCAGAGCCUGAGAUCACGUUUCUGGAUGAUCGCGAAAAAGAAAUUCCUGCUGAUGAUCCAAGAAGACAUCAAGAAACAAGUGGAUGCUACACCGUGACACGAAAAGUGACGCUCCAGGAUGCUACCAACAGCGUCACCUGCAGAGUUCACCAGCCAAAGACCAACCAGACCAGGAACACGGUGAUUCUCAUACCAGUUGACUGCAUGAGAUCCUGCUUUCUACCCACUGCCAUCACCACUGGAGUGACAGUUUUACUUCUAUUACCCACAUGUGCAUUAGUUGUCUUUGUCUGGAUGAAAUAUAGAAAACCUGGGGCUGACCUCAAGUCACAGCUUCGUGAGAAAGAAGAGAUCAUCCGCCAACUACAGAACAUCAGAUCUCAGCUAAGCCCUACUGUUAGCCACCAUGACCAGCCAACAUCUACCGACAGCCAUGCAGCCUCAGUCCACUACACGAGCCGUCGUAACCAGAGCUGUACUGUGAACAAUACGGAGCCAUCCAGUUCUUCUUCGGCCAACGCUGCAAAGAGAACGUCAGGCUAUAUUGGCCGUUCAAAGAGCAUGUCUCAUAGUCUGCGUCCAGUAGAUCACAAGCUUCAGCAUCGACGUUCUUUAGUGUUACCAUCAUCUGUUGUACCCAGGCUCCAGCGCAAUUCAAAGGAGGAAUCAGAGCACCUAAUGUCGUGAAAAACGAAAACCUUAACUUACUAAAACCUCAGCCAUAGUUUGUGUGUAUAUGUAAGAUAAUAAGCUCUCUAUAUCUCUCUGACAUGAAAGUGGUUCAACAUACAGUAUAGAAUCAUGUGACUUUCUCCAACCAAUCAGCGAAUGUCAGGCUUCGUGACAGGUAGCAUUGCUAUCCCACUCUAACCCUAACAUUUUUUCUUUGAUUUGUUUCAUGGUGCAUGUAAAUACUUUUGAUGUGUAUGAAAGUAGUGUUGUGUCUUAUAUGAAAGAGUCUAACCCUGUACACAAUACUACACUACUACUGUCUUUAUGUCUGUAUGUAACACUGUUGAGGUGGACAGGGUCAGGUGUCACCUCAACCGAUAUGCUACUCAACUUUUGUACAUUUCUACAGCGAGUUAUCUUUAUUUCUUCUUUUAUAUAUGAAAUAAAACACUUUUUGUCUGAAAACACAUGAA